AUGUCGUCGGUGUUCUCGAAGCUGAUCGACGGUGCGUCUGCACGCUACAGUGUGCGACAAGAGACGCUGACGUGCGGCAUCGCCGGCGCAGCUACGGCACUUUAUCUUCUUAAACUCACUUACCCGCACAUCCUCACUCACCUCAAACAAUCCACCCAGCAAAAAAGCCAACAAUCUCACUCCAAAUACAAUAGAAACAAUAUUGUUCUCCGAAACAAUUCUUCUAAUAACAAUUCCACUGGGAAUGGCGGAGAAAAACAAAGAUUAUCAGUCGGAUUGGAUCGCGACUUUUUCCGACAGCUGAUAAUGUUAUUGAAGAUUAUGGUACCAGGAUGGCGUACUCGAGAAAUGGGUUUAUUGGCAUGUGCAACACUGACGUUGUUGGCGAGAACCUUUUUAUCGGUGUAUGUAGCCGAAUUGGAGGGUCAGAUCGUGAAGAGAAUAGUUUUACGCGAUGUACGCGGCUUUGGUUUAAUGCUCGCACGAUGGUUUGCCAUCGCUUUGCCCGCCACCUUCGUCAACUCCGCCAUCAGAUACCUGGAGGGUCGGCUGGCACUUAGUUUUAGGGAGCGUCUGGUGAAACACGCCUACAAGAUGUACCUGAGUCAACAGACUUAUUAUAGGGUAUCGGCUUUGGACACUAGGCUUGGUGGAGCUGAGCAAAGACUGACAGAUGACCUGUCAGAGCUAGCUAGUUCUGUAGCACAUCUAUAUUCUAGUUUAACAAAACCGCUACUAGACUGUGCUUUAGUUGGUAUAGCACUUAUUUCGUUUUCACAUAAAAUGGGUGCAAAAACGAUACCAG